AUGUUAGAAGAAGUUAAUGCACUGGAAGACGCUGGACAAAACCUUGACAACAUCAGAGAGGCUAAAGAGUUCUACACCGAAGCUGUUAAGAUCGACAGAAAUAUUUCAGUGAAUAAAGAUACAUUUGGUCGUGUUGUUGGUAAUCUUUAUAGAUUAAGCUUGGCUUGUGAAGCACUCGGAGAGCAAGAUGAAGCUUUAAAGAAUUUAAACAAAGCGAAGGACUAUGCGAAAGUUGGAGGUUUAUAUAAAAAUUGGCUAAUGUUAGUUGUAUUACUCAAGUUAAGCCGGAAAUAUGCUGAGUUCAGUGAGAUAGAAUCCGUUGGCGUUGCCAAAUCAGAGAUGUAUUUGCGAGAAGCCAAAUGGGUCGCCAAAAAUUUAUUUGAAGACGAUGUUUCUGCUGUAGUCCAGACAAUCAAAGCCGCAGGAAAAGAUCUGUCAAAGCAAAUACCUCCUCUUCUCAAACUAGGUGAAUGGUACUUGGAUAAGGCCAUGACAACCGUCAAUGGCGCUGAUUUUGGAAAGGCCGACGCCCUUUUCAACGCUGCUCUCGUAAGAUCGAGAUCUCUGAACCACGAAAUAGAUGAAGACCAAAUACUCGAAAGAAUUGUUGAAACGUAUUGCGAAUUUUUGUACGCAUUUGCAAAAGAUGAUGGUAAAAUCAACAAAAACAAGAUUCGUAGUGAGAUUGAUUUUCAUAAGCAGUGGAUUGCUCGUGAACGGAGAAUAUUCAAAGAACGGAUUGAUGAAAUUGAUCGCGACCAUACUCGUGAAGCUGAACAAGAUUAUGAGGUUCAUGCAGAAAAGAUGUAUGAGGUUUUUCGAGACAUUCAAGACAUGUACAUCAGCUUUGUAUCAAUGUUAGCUGAAGAGUGUGAGGAUAGUCUUGGCAAACCACCAUGUGACUACACAUGUAUUGCCCUCGGCUCGGUGGCACGUAUGGAAGCAACGCCUUUUUCAGACUUGGAAUUUGCAAUUCUGUACUCCGACUCAAAUAUCGGGGAAAAAAUAAACUACUUCCGAGUAUUAAGUUAUUUUCUUCACUUAAAAGUUAUAAAUCUUGGAGAAACUAUCCUACCAGCUGUGGCGAUCGAACAGCUCAAUGAUUUUCAGUCAUCAGACCCAAAUGCCGAUUGGUUCUACGACUCGGAAACGCCUCGAGGGAUUUCAUUUGAUGGAGCAAUGCCGUGGGCAUCCAAAACUCCGUUAGAAAGAAUGGCGACAGGAAAUAAACCUGCUUUAGAGUUGAUCAGAACACCAAAACAAAUGGCGGAGUUGCAAGAUGAAGAAAUUGCUAUAAAAGAAGGUUAUCAUUUAGCUGAUAUAAUGUCGAGGGCCGCAUUUCUUUACGGGAGCCAACUUCUACUAGACGAAUACAAUGAAUGUGUAGCUGAAAAAUUAAACAUGAAAUCAAGCGCAUCAACUUCAGAUGUAGGCGUCAUCCGAGGAUUUCAACAAAUGAUGAACGACUUAGGAGCUUUUCACCCGUAUUAUACAUACCUCGGGCCAUAUUCAGCUGUAGGUGGUCUCUUCAAUACUAAGAAACAGUUCUACCGUAUUAUCUCUUUGCUUCUUGCCGACCUUGGAUUGAUCCUUAAUAUUAGAGUUCCCUCGUCAUGGCAAAUUAUUUUGGAGUUGCAGAAUCAAGGAAUUAUUAGCGAAUCCGAGGGCGCUAGCAUCAAAGUAUGUCUAUCUAUUGCCAACGAAAUGAGACUUAAAACGUACUUUGCUAAUAAUGGACAGAAAGAGCUAUUUUCCCCUGUUCCUAAGCAUACAACCACCACAGAACAAUCCACCGUUCUCCCUAUCUUCCGUGAUUACGAUGAAAAUGUUGUCGUUUGCCUCGUAAGUAUCACUAAUGAUAUGGCUGAACGAUGUCGUGCCUUUGCAUUGAGAUUCUUUAAAGAUGGUGUAAUUGACACAAGAACUCUUCAGAAAUCAACUUAUCCAUCUUCGAUUGCCGUUCUUAAAGGAGUUCUUUAUUUUAGAAUACAAAAUUUUCCAAAAGCUUUAGAGUCGUUUGAAUUGGAACCUGAGGAUAGUCCAGACUACUCGUUGUGCCUUAACGCUAAAGGAAUUAUUUAUAUUGAGUUCGGGGAAAGCGAAAAGAGCGUUAAAUGUUUUGAAAACGCCCUUAGAGUGUUUUACCAGAAUAAAAAGAACUCAAAUCAAAGCGCGAGUAUAACAACUAAUAACUUAGCGUUGAUACUAUUACACAUGGGAAAGCUUGACAAAGCGAGAAUUGUUUUAGAAGAUGCGAUUAAGAAGCAUGACGAAAGCUCGUAUACUAUUGACCUCUGUGCUUUGAUGAUUAAUCUCGGAAGAACCUACCAUGAGCGUGGAGAUAGGAAGUCAGCAGUUGAAAUUUACGAGAGAGUUGAACAGAUGCAUAACAAAUUAACGAACAUCCCAGAUAUGCAUGUGAUUCAUCUUUGCCUUUACUUUUCCAUGUCGUUAACCGAACCUGAUCAGCAUGAACGGUCAAUAAAGUAUAUGGAACGAGCGUUACGACUUGGUCAUAAAGUAUUUGGUGAAUAUAGCCUCAGCGUAAAGUUGGCGGAAAUCUAUGUAUUUGCAGGCAUUGCUUACAAGCGUUGCAAUCUAAUUGAUGAAGCUCUGGCUUUCUUCCAGCGAAGUUUGAAAUUACUUCAACAUCUCUUUGGCGAUAACCCGCACUCAGGUAAAGUGUUUUGUCUCAAGCACCUGGGAAAUUUUUUCUACGGACGAGGUCAAUUAAUUAAAGCGGUAGAGAGCUUUGAAAAUGCUUUGAAACAGCAAAGGAUUCUCUUCCAGGGAAAGCCUUGUAUUACGAUUUCGGAAACACUAAGUUACUUAGGAAAGGCACUAAAAAGCUCCGAAAAGCUCAACGAAUCACUUCAGUACUUUCAAGAAGCAAAGGAUAUAAUGGAGAUGACCUUGGGGCCAGAUUACGAGCAACCUCUCGCAUCAGAUAUCCUGAAUAACAUGGGAGCAAUUUAUAAAGAACUUGGCGACUUGAGGAAAGCUAAAGAAUGCUGCACCAAAGCUCUCGAUGUGGAUAGAAAAAAUUCUGAAACUAUAAAAACGGUUUCUCGUGUUGUAUCCAGUCUUUUUUACCUGGGCGAGAUAUGUGAAAACCUUGGAGAGCAGGAUAAGGCGUUGAAGCAUUUUGAAGAAGCAAGAGAGCUCCUAUAUGUUGCUAGUUCCAAAGAUCGUCCCGCUUUGAUAAAAAUAUUGGUCAAGUUGAGUACGAAGUAUUUUGAAAUUUGUUCCAUUGCAAAGAGUAUGUUGUGUGUUAAAGAGGCUUUAGAGAUAGCCAAAAGCUUCCCUCAAGACGAUUCACGUCCUCCUAUUGUUUUAGAACUGCUCCAAUUGCUAAAAGAAGCUACCCAACGUCAGUAACAUCUCCGAUCAAGCGAAGAUAGACAUACACUGUGGCGAGACGGAAAAUUUAAUUUUUAUUAACCUGGUCCAGACUUCCAGUUUCCUUUUACGGCCUAUUACUAUCAGAUAAAAUAACAACUUUCACAAUAACUAGCCGUCCAGUUUG